AUGGCCGAAGAGAAACUUGCAAUCAAGCAAGAACUCACCCAAGAGACCUCCCAAUUUAGCAACGAGUACAAGCAAUUACUAUAUGCAAAAUUAGGACACGCCGAUGUAUUAAGUGAAGACAGCACCAUUGCGGAUAUCGAGUACCUUUACCAGAAAACCCAGGAGUUACAAUUAUCCGAUGGAUUAAAGAUCUUACAACAAUGUCUCCGCGAUCACGAAGACGAUCCUAAUUUCCCGUUCCAAGAUUACGAAUUCAUCGGGAGAAUUUCCCACGGAUACACUGAACAAUUAAACAUGAGCUAUAUGGAUUGGGAUUUUCACGUCAGAAUGUACGCGGUAUUGAACCAUUAUCAUUCACCGUACCCUGAAGUCCGGGCAAUUUCCUCACCAAUUGACGACCCAGAAAUCCCUUGUGAAACCAUCAGAGCUUACUUCAUGGGGUUCAUUUGGUGUAUUGUUGGUACCGGGGUCAAUGAGAUUUUCUCCCGUAGACAACCGUCGCUUUACAUUUCUGCGUCGGUUUGUCAAAUGUUGAUGUACCCAUGUGGGUUAUUGCUUCAACAUACAUUACCAGAUUGGGGAUUCACGAUAUUUGGCACCAGGCACUCGUUGAACCCUGGUCCCUGGACUUAUAAAGAACAAAUGUUCGCCACGGUGAUGUUUGAUAUCGCCAUUGGGGGCAUGUAUGUCGGUUACAACUUUUACGUCGAGAAAUUGGACGUGUAUUACGGUAAUACCUGGAUCACCAUCGGGUACCAGAUCUUAUUAUCUCUCGCCACCCAAUUGUUCGGGUUUGGAUUCGCAGGGAUCCUUAGAAAAAUCGUUAUUUAUCCCGUUAGAGCGGUCUGGCCAACGAUUUUACCGACCCUCGCCCUUAAUCGUGCGUUAUUGAAACGAGAAAAACGCGAAAGCAUCAACGGUUGGCAAAUCACCCGGUACCAUUUCUUCUUUAUCGUGUUCAGUUGCUCAUUUUUAUGGAUGUGGGUCCCAGAUUACUUGUUCCAAGCAUUAUCGUAUUUCAACUGGAUGACCUGGAUCAAACCUGAUAAUUUCAACUUGGCAAUGAUCACUGGGUCGAUCAGUGGUCUUGGGUUGAACCCCAUCACCAGUUUCGAUUGGAAUAUCGUUGGUUACUGGAUGCCAUUGGCGUUCCCGUUCUAUACUUAUUUAAACAUGAUGAUCGGGAUGUUCAUUGGGUUCUUUGUGAUCGUUGGGCUUUAUUACAGUAAUUACCGUUGGACCGCGUACCUUCCAAUCAAUGAUAAUAACAUUUAUACCAAUACUGGGGAGCUUUACACCGUACAAAGUGUCCUCACCAAUGGGAAAUUCGACGAUACUAAGUAUCAAGAAUAUGGUCCACCAUAUUUAUCUGCCGGUUAUUUAUUGACCACCGGAGCCAAUUGUGCACUUUAUACCUUCAUGAUUCCGUAUGUGUUCUUCACCGAACGUAAAGGGAUUUGGAGUUCGUUCAAAUCGUUGAGACAAUCAUUCUUCAGUUUCAGAUCCUCUCCCGAUUACUCUAGUUUCCAAGACCCACAUUCGCGAAUCAUGGCUCGGUACAAAGAGACGCCUGAUUGGUGUUUUGUCAUCAUCAUGUUGGUGGCGCUAGUGUUUGCUAUUGUUUGUGUCAAAGUGUAUCCUGCUAACACCCCGGUAUGGGGCAUUUUCUUGAUGCUCGCGCUUAAUGCGGUGGUGGUGAUCCCAUUCUGUCUUAUUUAUGCGAUUACCGGUUACUACUUCACACUAGAAGUCUUGGUGGAAUUGAUCAUCGGGUACGCUAUUCCAGGAAACGGUGACGCUUUGAUGUUCUUGAAAGCUUUGGGGUUCAACAUCACCGGACAAGCCCAACAAUACAUGUACGAUCAAAAGAUGGCGCAUUAUUCCAGGGUGCCACCAAGAGCGGUUUUCCGUGGACAAUUAUUAGGAACGAUUUUCCAAGUGAUCAUUUCAUUGGUGGUGAUCAAUUGGGAAAUCAACCACCUCGAUGGGAUCUGUACUGAAGAUCAAGCCAACAAUUUUACUUGUCCUAGUGAGACUUCUUAUUAUUCAUCGUCGGUGUUCUGGGGAGUCAUUGGUCCAAAAAGGGUGUUCGAUAAGCUUUAUCCUAUUUUGCCUUACUGUUUCCUUAUCGGGUUCUUGCUUUCGUUAUUGUGUAUUGCGUUCAAAGUUUUCUAUAAGAAACCUACCCCAUGGUUCCAACCAGCGGUGAUCAUCGGGGGGCUUUUCAAUUACGCCCCUUAUAAUUUGAGUUACUUCCUUCCAGGACUUUACGUCAACUACGCUUUCAAUUAUUACGUGAAGAAACGGUACCAAGCGUGGUGGGAGAAGUAUAACUACAUUUUAUCCUCGGCGCUCGAUGCCGGGGUGGCGUUUUCAGGGAUCAUCAUCUUCUUUGCGGUGCAAUACCAUGAGAAGGAUAUUACUUGGUGGGGGAAUACUGUGAGUUAUGCUGGUGUCGAUGGGGGUAUUGGACAAACCAGUUUGAAAGAUCCAAGUACUGCUCCAGAUGGGUAUUUCGGAUUGAGAUAUGAUGAGUUUUGA